GCCCAAAGGUUUUAGUGUUUUGAGAACCACAGUCUUUAUGAUUAUGAUCGGCUGCACACACAAAGCAUGGCAAGAAUUCAUCAGCAAAGAAGAAUAGUGGGCACAAACCAAACAUGAAUCAUAGGGACCAUCAAAAACUAAGAAGGAUUGUGUCCAAACAACACCAAACUACUGCAGCAAAAGUGACAGCAAACCUCAAGAUUCACACUGAAUACCCUACUUCUGCAAAAACUGAUCACAGUUCACAAAGCUAACAUCCAUAAAAGAGCUACAAUUUCUAACAACUUUAAUCACCAAUGAUAAAAUGCAAAAAAGAUGGUGUUAUGAUUAUAAAACCUAGACAUUUGGCCAAACAAGUCACCUGGCUUGAAUAUUAUCAGACCACUGUGGGCAGUUUUGGAUAGAAACGUGAGAAUUCUCACUCUAGACAACAUUCAACUGGAGACUUUUCAACAAUUGUAUGAAUGUCUUCUAAGAAGGUUGGAAGCUGUGUUAAUAAUAAAAUAUGGCCUGUUUUAAUAAAAUAACCUGUGAAACCUGCAUAGAGAUAAGUUUUAACUGAUAUUAAUGGUAUUAAUUAUUUAUGUUUGUCCUGGAUAUCUGUUUGGUGCUGAUUUGGGGUAAGUGACUUGCACUACACACUAUUAUAUCUGCCAUCUCUCUUUCUCUUCCUCAUCUCACUUCUCUCUCUCUCUCUCCCAAUCUCUUUCUCCUCCCUGCAGUCAGACAGUUGUGACAGGCCUGCUUCUCUCUGACUGAUGUUACUGAGAUGCCAAAUGGGAGAGAGAAUGGCAAUUAUGUCAAACUGCGCAGAAACAUGUGUCUGUGUGCACCAGCGCCGACCCACCUCGCUGCACCUGAUCACUCUAAAUAACUCUGAACACAGUUUGGGAAUAACAACUACAUGAACAUGGCUGAUGCCAAUGGAGCUCUAUUAACAGGAGAUACGUUUCAUACUCCAAGUCUUGGUGACGAGGAGUUUGAAAUACCCCCCAUCACCCCUCCUCCUGAAACCGAGCCUGGUAUGGGCCUCCAGGAGGUGGACUCACCUUUCCCCGGGCUACCCGACCACCCCAACUCUCAGCGGGGGUUGUUCACCCCUCAGUUCCCACCCCAGAGCCUGGAGCUGCCCUCAAUCACCAUCUCCAGAAAUAUGAUGGAGCAGGAAGGACAAAUCAACAAUGCACAUCCAGGGGCUGUCGGUCAGACCCAUCUCCGUCAGUACCCUCCAAACCCCACCAUGGUGAUGCGUUCCAUCAUUAGCAUGCAUAACCCCAAUGGCAUGAUGUCACAAAACCAGCUUACCACCAUCAACCAGUCUCAGAUCAACACACAGCUGGGGCUGAAUAUGACCGGAUCAAACAUUGCUCACACCUCCCCAUCCCCACCCGCCAGCAAAUCAGCCACACCCUCUCCCUCCAGCUCUAUUAAUGAAGAUGAUCAAGAGGAAGGAAACAGGGUGAUUGGUGAAAAGCGUCCCGCCCCUGAUGCAGGUAAGAAGCCUAAGACGCCCAAGAAAAAGAAGAAGAAGGAUCCCAAUGAGCCUCAGAAGCCAGUGUCUGCAUACGCCCUGUUCUUCAGAGACACCCAGGCGGCCAUUAAAGGCCAGAACCCUAACGCCACGUUCGGAGAGGUGUCAAAGAUAGUAGCUUCAAUGUGGGAUGGAUUGGGAGAGGAGCAGAAACAGGUUUACAAAAGCAAAACAGAAGCAGCAAAGAAAGAGUACCUGAAAGCUCUCGCAGCGUACCGCGCUAGCCUUGUGUCAAAGGCUGCCGCAGAGUCAGCGGAGGCCCAGACGAUCCGCUCGGUGCAGCAGACUCUCGCCUCCACCAGCCUGUCCCCAGCGCUCGUGCUGCCUUCACCUCUAUCCCAGCACCCCUCAAUGUCCGCCGCGGCACAGACGCUCCAGCAGGGCCUGCCUCGAGCCAUCGCCCCAAAACCUCUGCAAAUGCGUGUUGGCAGCAGCCAGAUUGUCACCUCGGUCGCGGUAGCUCAUCAGAACAUGACGGCCGGCGGCGUUCAGUCACAGCUGCUGGGGCAGAUGGGAGCGGGCGGUCCUCAGUCAGGCGUGUCGUCACAAUUAAGUCCGCCAAUGCAGCCCCGGCACGCUUCCAUGCAGCAGCACAUGCAGCAGAUGCAGCAGCACUUGCAGCACCAUCAAAUGCAGCAGCAGCAAAUGCACCACCAGCAGAUUCAGCAGCAAAUGCAGCAGCAGCAUUUCCAGCAUCACCUGCAGCAGCAGCUUCAGCAGCACCACAUGCAGCAGCAGCAGCACCAACAGAUGCAGCAGCAGCAAAUGCAAAUGCAGCACAUGCAGCACAUGCAGCAGAUGCAGCAACAUCAAAUGCAGCAGCAUCUCCCACAGUCGCAGUGUUCGCCCGUGCAGCACUCGCCCGGCACGCCGCACUCGGCCUCUCUCGGCAGCCCACCGCCCCCUCCUGCAUCCCAGCCUCACCCCUCACAGGUGCAGGCUCACGCGCAGGUCCUGUCGCAAGUGAGCAUCUACUGAACCAAAAGCCCUCGGACCCGCAGUUGCAACUCCACGAGAAAGCCGGAAGGAAGUUGUUAUUGAAAAGCAUCAUUACAAGGUUGCUUUUUUUAAGUUGCACUUAAGAAGUGUGUAAGAAAUACGAAUGUUUUACAAAGAACUGUCCUUUGUUCUAGAUGGAUAUAAGAUAUGUGUUAAAAGGACGAAGUGUCUUCGCUGGAUUUUUUGUCUAUAAGAUAGGCUGAGCUACUGGGAGGUCUGUUGAUAGACUUGAGUGCCCAGUAGUCAUUUGUAUGUAUAUUUAGUUAAUUUGGUUUCUCUCUCUCUCUCUCUCUCUCUCUCUCUCUCUCUCUCUCUCUCUCUGUUGUGGAGUUUAAACUCUGUCAGAGCAUGAUGGCGUGGGAAGAACAUUCAGAGACGAUCACAGAAACACCUGACGGUUUUAUUUAACAGCUUUAUUUAUGAGGUUGGAUUGGCUUUCACCACCAGACAAAAUAAAAGACCGGAUUUCUGUGGACGAGGAAUUUCUGUUUCAGGCACUGUUUCGCAAAAGAGCUGAAAUGAUCUGCUAUGAAACUGGUCAUCAGAGACAUGCUGUAUGGCUCUUGCACUGUCUGGCCAGUGUAUCGUCAAGUCUGCCCUCUCUUCUUCUCUUUUCCAUCAUCCUUCUUGGCGUUCCUAUUGAUGAAACUGUUUAACAGUCACUGUUGGGAAGCUCUCAAUCAAAUCAUCCUGCUUUUAGAACCAAGUGGUGUUUGACACAUCUCAUGCCGUGUAAUUUUCAAAAGAUGUAAAACACUCAGCGUUUUGCUGGACUAUUUGACACGCUUCCAUAGAUCAUUUCAGUCAUCACGUCUCCAAACACCUUCUGUGACCUGCUGUAUGUGUUCUUAGGAAACAGGAGAGAACAUUUUUGGAGUUCUUCUCCUCUGGCCAAAACCCUCAAAAGCGCAUUCACUCCAACAUAUGUAGUAACAGCACUCCAAAAAACUUCUUCUCUGUAAUUAUCUUUACCUCAGAAGUUUUAUUGAAUAAGUUAUGUUUCUUUUGUGUAAUGAAAACUUAUUUUAUGGGGGGAAAAGCUAAAUUACUGAAUUUAGGCUGUUGGUUUACUGAUUGGGGUAUUUUUAUUUCAUAAUACCCUACAUUUCACAACAAAGGCCGUUAAAUGGGAGUCUUAUCAAAUGUUUUUUUUUUUUUUUUAUACUAUCAUAGAAAGGACAUGGAAGUAUUUUGUGCCAGCUGUAAAAGAAUCAUUGGUAAGAUAAAAGAAAAUGAAGUUGUACAUUUUUCAUACCUCUUGUUGUAAAGUUUUAAUAUGUGAGGCUUUAAAUGCAGACGUUGGCAAGCUGACCUGUCACCUGCUUUAUCUCAUAGUGCUCUUUUCUACUUUUUUAUGAGUUACAGUAGCAGCAAAUCAUUUGUUUGUAUUUUUGCUUACAUUUCAAAAUUAAUUGCUUUUAAAAACCUGACAGUAAAAUAAAUACAGUUCAUGUCAGUUGGAAACUCCACCUGUUUUUAAACGUCAUUGAUUAAGUUUUAUUUUUGCCAUCCAAAAAAAAAAAAAAACAUUAAAAAGAGGCAUUCCAUCAUCAUCAUCAUCAUCAAUAUGAUACUAGCCAUAAUUUUGUUUUAUAUUUCUCUGUGUCUCUUUGUUUGCAAUUAAAAUAAUCACAAAUAUUUAUUUCAAGGAACUGAUUCAUUUCAAAGAUUAUAUUAGCCAUACUUUUGUAUAAAAUAUUUCCUCAAUGUGUCCUUGUUAGUUAUGAAAGAUUUAAAAUAAAGACAUCAGUACUUAAAAUAUUCUGUUGAUUUGGGAUCUACA